UUUGUAUGUUUCACUUCAGUUUGGGGUUAAAAUAUAGCCACAUAUUGUCAAUGUUGGCUCAGGCCCAUUCCAUUAUAAUUAGUCUGAGUACAUUGAAAAGGAUUCUGCGAGUGAAUCGGUUGCACAGAAGAAAGAACUAUUCUGAUCUUCUCCGAGUUGUUUUAUUCAUAGAAAACAAACUGAAUGUAACUGGGGGGCAGGUCGGAGGAUACCGUUGGCUGCAUCUACAGUGCCGUCAUAAUGGGUUAAACAUUUCGAGACACACAGUUCAAACUUUAUUGCAAAUCCUUGACCCUGUUGGUGUACAGCUGCGUUUGUCUAAACGCUUAAAGAGAAGACAAUACUACGCCAAAGGGCCAAACUAUCUGUGGCAUCUGGAUUCCGACGACAAACUAAAACGAUACGGAUUGUGUAUCAAUGGCUGUAUGGACAGAUUUUCCAGGUGUAUUAUAUGGCUCAAUGUAUUUCAGACUAGCAAUGAUCCAAAAGUUAUUGCUGGAUAUUUUAUCGAAUCAGUCCGUGAAAGAAAAGGGUGUCCGUUUUUGAUGAGAGGGUAUCGUUGUACUGAGAAUGAACAUGUGGCACACAUGCAAUAUUUUAUGACGGAAAGAAAAUCAUUUAUUUAUGGAAGAAGUACUGCAAACCAAAGAAUUGAAAUGUUUUGGAACCUGGUUCGAAAACAAUGUGUCCAGUCAUGGAUGGAUGUAUUGGGUUCUUUGGCUGAUGAUGGAAUGUUUGAUGGCUAUUUUCUUGAUAAAUGUCUUAUUCAAUUUUGUUUUCUUCAUGUACUGCAGGAAGAUCUCGAUGAAAUGUCAAAAACCUGUAAUACCCAUCAAAUACGGCCUACAAAGAACCAGAACUGCCCACAUGUUAGGCCACUGGUCAUGUAUUCAUUACCAGCGCUGUACGGCACAAAUAAUUACCUUCACGAAGUCAGUGAACAUAUGAUGAAUGCUUGUGCUGGAGAAUGUAGAUUUCGGGGUGGUAUCAUAUGUGACGAGGAUAUUGCUGAACAUGUACGAGAACUACUGGCACCCCGCAUCGGAUCGCCAAGGAGCCGUACAGCUUUAUAGAAAUCUGCGAAUGGCUAUUUACAGAGAUUUAGACUUAAAUUAAGCAAUACUUGAUUUAUAUCCUAUUUUGUGCUUUAAAUAA